GGAUGUUCACUCUCUUCACUGGUGGGCAGUGUCCCGUUACACGGUCAUUAGAAGACAAAAAAAGAAGAAAGGAGGAGUUUCUAACUCAUCUGGAUGAGCUGACCUCGAGGUUUCUGUCACAAAUUCGUGUUCUUGGACCGAGAAGCCGAAAGGUUCUUUUUAGAAUUUAGUGGACGCUUUCAUCUUACCGCGCGCACUGUCAUUUAUUUAUUUUUAUUCUAACUAGAAGAAACUGAAUAUUCGACGACAUGGCAGUGGUGGGCUGUACGAAGUGUAUCAAAUUCAUGCUCUUUUUCUUUAAUUUCGUUUUCUGGUUGGCAGGAGGGGUGAUCCUGGGAGUCGCCCUGUGGCUUCGUCAUGACAACCAGACCAGCAACCUCCUCAUGCUGCAGUUUGAAGGCCAGCAGGCUCCUAACACCUUCUACAUCAGCGUUUACAUCCUGAUAGCGGUCGGAGCCGUGAUGAUGUUUGUGGGGUUCCUCGGUUGCUACGGUGCCAUCCAGGAAUCCCAGUGUCUCCUGGGAACGUUCUUCUUCAUGUUGGUGUGUCUGUUUGCCUGCGAGGUAGCAGCUGGAAUUUGGGGCUUCAGUAACCGAGACACAAUCUCCAAGGAGAUGAUUAACUUCUAUGACGGCGCAUACAUCAAGUCAGUGGAUGUUGUUGACUCCCCGACCAAAAAAGCUGCUGUCAAAGUCCUGGAGGUGUUCCACGAGACGCUGGAAUGCUGUGGCAAAGGAGACGACUCCCCCUUAUUCACCCAAAUAGCAGGAACCUUGUGUCCCAAGAAGGACCUGGCCGACUCCUUGCUGAGACCCCAGAGCUGCCACCAGAAGCUGAAGGACCUGUUCUCCGAAAAGCUCCACCUGAUUGGUCUAGCCGCCCUGGUGGUUGCUGUCAUUAUGAUCUUUGAGAUGAUCUUCACCAUGGUUCUCUGCUGUGGAAUCCGCAAUGCCACCCCAGUGUACUAGAGACGCUGAAACACCGAAACUAGAAGCAUAGAACCACAGAGCCUAUAACAACUGAAACAACAGAACCCAGAACCAUAGCAACAUGAAUCUAGAACGUAGAACCUUAGAAGCACAGAAUGAUAAAACCACAGAACCUAGAAUCAAGGAGCAAGACACACAACAAAUGAGGGAUUUAAGGGGACUGAUUCUCUACACACCGAAGCCAUUGACGGGGAUUCAAUAUGUUAUGUUUUGUGUUGUAGUUCCAGUUACAUCUUAUGUACAUUUCUAUCAGUAUUAUGAAAUAGAGACUAGAUUUUAUUACAGUAUUUUCUUUAAUGGUGUGUUAAUAUUCUUAAUUUUACUGUUUGAGUCUGCCAGUGAUUUUCGAGUCAAGCAGUGAUCAUUGGAAAUGCAGCAUUUCUCUCAUGCUAAACUUUCUUUUAUACUUUUUUCCUUUUUGAUUCUCUUUUUGUGAAGUAAUUCUUCAAGGUCAAAGAUGUCAGUGCUUUUUUAUGGUUACAUGAACUGUGUAUAUUCAUUGUGUCAGUGUCCAAAAUGACAUCUAAUGUGUUCCUUUUAUAGUAAACUUCUAUUCCCACCGUGGUCCAUAAUGUGAUAGUAAUAUCUAGUGGACUAUUUAAGGAAUAGGGUGCCAUUUGGAACCCCAAGGAGUACUUGAAGGGGAAUGGACGAAACGUGCUGUUGGCACUAAUUAUUGUAGAGCGGAGAAUAUUCGGGAAGAGGGGCCGGUGGCUUUAGGACACAUUAGGUGUUGGUUCUACAUACCGUUGAGCACCACACCAGCUGUAGAGAUGUUGGGCAACUCAUCUGGGUACAAAUCCUCAAUGGCACCCUCUUCCCUAAACCCUUUCGACCACAGCCCUUAGGCCAAUUGUGCAUUGUUUGUGGAACAGGGUGCGAUUUGGGACACAGGGUGUCUGUUCGCCCCUCCUUCAAGACAACGGAAGAAACCCUAAAUGCGCCUCGACUGAAUUGCGCACAUCUACAGUUUGAAUAAAACCCGGAUCUCUUUUAACUCUC